AGCUUCUCUCCCAGCACAAAGCCCCUACAAGCCUCUACACAUACAAAUAAUACAAAUACCUUCUCCUCCAGCAGAACUCCCACUGCAUGUAUGAGCUGCUCAUCUGAAACUUGCUAGGGCUGUAGUUUAUUCUGAAUAAAAUAUUCAUGUGCUCUUCUAUGUUGACAGUGCAAGGAUGGAGUUUCUCUGGCAUCUACUAAUGGUGAUCGGGAUCCUGGCAGGGACUGGAGUGUCUCAGGAAUGCACCGCACAACCAGGGGCUUGGAACUUGGCGCUGCGGUGCCCGGCCACUCAGUCCUCCACAUACCAGAAUUACGGACCUGAAAAAGCUGGGGCUGAAAAGGCCGUGGAUGGAAACCACAAUGGGAUUUGGGACAAUGGCUCCUGCACCCACACCGACUGCGAGACAGAGCCGUGGUGGAGGGUGGACUUGGGCAGUCCUCGGUCUGUCUCCGCGGUGAUGGUGAAGAACAGGGAGGACUGCUGUGGGGAGAGAAUCAAGGGGGCCCAGAUCCACGUGGGAGACUCCAAGGCUGGCCAUGGCAAGGACGACCCCAUGUGCGGGACCAUCACCGACACCAGACUGGGAUCCGUCAGCACCAUCGCCUGCAACGGGCUGAAGGGCCGCUACGUCACCAUCAUCAUCCCAGGCAGGAGGGGGAUUCUCACUCUGUGUGAGGUUGAGGUCAUAGCUCAGGGCUGUCCCCAAUCACCAGUGGCUCAGAACUUGGCGCUGGGACGCCUGGCCACUCAGUCCUCCACUCUCAAGGAAUACGGGCCUGUAAAAGCCGGGGCCGGGAACGCCGUGGAUGGAAAAUGCGAUGGGAUUUUGGACCAUGACUCCUGCACCCACACCGAGCAGGAAACAGAGCCGUGGUGGAACGUGGAUUUGGACUCUCGGCAUUCUGUCUCCACGGUGAUCGUGAAGAACAGGGAGGACUGCUGUGGGGAGAGAAUCAAGGGGGCCCAGAUCCACGUGGGAGACUCCAAGGCUGGCCAUGGCAAGGACGACCCCAUCUGCGGGACCAUCACCGACACCACACCAGGAUCCAUCAGCACCAUCUCCUGUAAUGGGAUGGAGGGCCGUUACGUCACCAUCACCAUCCCGGACAGGGUGGAGUCUCUCACCCUGUGUGAGGUCGAGGUCUACGGCACCCCCGUGGCUUGGAACUUGGCGCUGCGGUGCCCGGCCACUCAGUCCUCCACAUACCAGAAUUACGGACCUGAAAAAGCUGGGGCUGAAAAGGCCGUGGAUGGAAACCACAAUGGGAUUUGGGACAAUGGCUCCUGCACCCACACCGACUGCGAGACAGAGCCGUGGUGGAGGGUGGACUUGGGCAGUCCUCGGUCUGUCUCCGCGGUGAUGGUGAAGAACAGGGAGGACUGCUGUGGGGAGAGAAUCAAGGGGGCCCAGAUCCACGUGGGAGACUCCAAGGCUGGCCAUGGCAAGGACGACCCCAUGUGCGGGACCAUCACCGACACCAGACUGGGAUCCGUCAGCACCAUCGCCUGCAACGGGCUGAAGGGCCGCUACGUCACCAUCAUCAUCCCAGGCAGGAGGGGGAUUCUCACUCUGUGUGAGGUUGAGGUCAUAGCUCAGGGCUGUCCCCAAUCACCAGUGGGUAAGGAGCUGGCACAAUGUGAAUGGAAACUUAUUCCCUUUUAUGUUCUACCCCAUUCCCUUCUGCCCCAACCUCUGCCUAGUGAGACAGCAGAAACCCUGGGACACUCUUCCCUUCCCACCGCUGACCUGGGCAGGGGCUCCAGCUGGCAGGGGCAGAUGGGGGAGGUUCCAUCUGAACAUCUUGCCCCAUCUCUGCCUUGGGGGGACCAGCUCCAGCUGGGUAUGGGACGUGGGGGGGCUGAGAGGCUCACUCAGAACUUGGCGCUGGGACGCCUGGCCACUCAGUCCUCCACUCUCAAGGAAUACGGGCCUGUAAAAGCCGGGGCCGGGAACGCCGUGGAUGGAAAAUGCGAUGGGAUUUUGGACCAUGACUCCUGCACCCACACCGAGCAGGAAACAGAGCCGUGGUGGAACGUGGAUUUGGACUCUCGGCAUUCUGUCUCCACGGUGAUCGUGAAGAACAGGGAGGACUGCUGUGGGGAGAGAAUCAAGGGGGCCCAGAUCCACGUGGGAGACUCCAAGGCUGGCCAUGGCAAGGACGACCCCAUCUGCGGGACCAUCACCGACACCACACCAGGAUCCAUCAGCACCAUCUCCUGUAAUGGGAUGGAGGGCCGUUACGUCACCAUCACCAUCCCGGACAGGGUGGAGCCUCUCACCCUGUGUGAGGUCGAGGUCUACGGCACCCCCGUGGGUGACUGCUAGGAAGCAGGAGUGACACAGUCCAUGGUGAGGGGAAGCACCUCUCCCUGGGCUGGGGGCAGGAGAAGAGGGAGGUUGGUGCAGAAAUGAGCCGCU